UGCAAGCGGGGCCGCCCUCCUGGCUUGAAGAACAAGCUUAAGCGUCCGGCGGCCAACAGCACCCCAUACGCCGCACUCCAAACCCACGUGCUUCAAAUUCCCCCCAGCGGCGACGUAGCAGAAUCCAUUGCUGCCUUUGCUCGUGGCUGCCCCGCUUUGGGAGUAUGCCUUCUCUCAGCCUCCGGCCCUAUUGCGACGGCCGUGUUGAGGGAGGUGUCACCUAAUCCUUCAACCCUCACGUUCCAAGGAAGCUUUGAUCUGCUUUCAAUUACGGCCACUUUUCUUCCCAGAGGAGGCAUAAGAAGUUUGGCCGUGAUUUUGGCGAGGCCAAAGGGGCAGGUUUUGGGUGGGGUGGUGGCCGAACAAUUGGUCGCAGCGUGCACUGUCGUUGUGGUAGCUGCCACCUUCGCAUCGCCGGCGUCCCACCGCAUGGAUAAAAUAGAUAUUACCCUGAAGAAGAGUAUGUUGCCCGUUGUCGAAAAUAAGGAACGAGAUAUGUUGCACAAGUGUUUGGCGGAAGUUGAAUGUGAUCUUGGCCUGCACGAUUUUGGCAGAUAUGUUGCAUUCGAUGCGUUUGGAUCUUUUGAUGUGUUAUGUUUAAUUGUAGAGAAUAUAAUCAAUAUUCAGUUUGCAUGCUUGUUAUAA